GCGCGCUGUUGGGGGCGCGUCGGCUGUUCACACGCGAGCCUGCCUGCUGCACGCGAUGGAGCAUGUGGCCGGUGGUUACGUGAGCGUACAGUAAACGAAUUUGUCAUUUUCAUCCUUUUCAAUUGUCUUUUUUGUUAUUAUUUGUCCUCUUCGUCAUGUCGUCUGAGGAAGACUCGACGCUGCUUUUCCUCGUCUUUCAACACCUGAAGACGAAAGGCUUGUUUGGCGCCGCGGAGCUGCUGGAGAAACAUGUCGUCAAGGUGGAGGCACCACAAGCAAGCGUUAACCUACAAGACAUCUACAGAGCGUGGAUGAAGCUGUGCUUUAUUUCCCAGCAUGCCGAGCAGCUAGCUGAGGAUAAAUCAAUCAAAAUUAAACCUCGGGGGAGCGCUGAUGAGACCCUCUCAGAAGAAUACAACAUGGAUACCAAAGCUUCAUUGGCCUCUGAGCAGACGAUGGAAGCCAACGGAAACGCUCACGACGACUCUCCUGAUGAUGACAAAGAAGAGGAAGAAGGAGACGAGGACAAUAAGCAGCCACGAGUCAUCAUGGUGGUCAAAAAGGUCAAAGGUGAAACCCCUGAGCCAGAGGACACACAUGCCAUCUCCCUCUUGCAGCCACAAGACAUCACAGACUCCUCAGAGGUCAAAGGUGAAACCCCUGAGCCAGAGGACAUGCGUGCCAUCUCCCUCUUGCAGCCACAAGACAUCACAGACUCCUCAGAGGUCAAAGGUGAAACCCCUGAGCCAGAGGACAUGCGUGCCAUCUCCCUCUUGCAGCCACAAGACAUCACAGACUCCUCAGAGGUCGAAGGUGAAACCCCUGACCCGGAGGAGGCAGAUGUCACUCAAACAGAGGCCACGCCCACCUCAGAUGACUGCACUGAGCUGAUAAAUGUGAAAGCUGCAGAAUUGAAACCUGAAGAAAACACACAAAUCGUCCUGCAGGCCACGGCCACCUGCGCUCAGGAUACCAACGACCAGCCAACACAGAACCAAGCCCUAUCUCCUGCAGGAGAGCAGCAAGACCUUGAGGAGCCAUCGGCAAAAAAGAAAGGCAAGAAGAGGAAGAAACACGAUGAAGAAAAAUCCUCUGAAGGUGAAGUCAAACAGAAGAAAGUGGAAGACCUUCAGGAGGAAAAAGUGGAGAAUGGGGUGUGUCCACUGGAGGAGGAAAAAGAGGAGACAAAGGUAAAGAAGAGGAAGAAGGGGAAGAAGAAGACCGGUGACAGGAGCCAGGAGGUGCAGUGUGAUGCAGGACCAGCAGGAGGCGACACAGAGACGCCAAAGAAAGAGGAAACUGAAGGAGAGCAGCAAGACCUCGAGGAGCCAUCAGAAAAUAAGAAAGGCAAGAAGAGGAAGAAGCACGAUAAAGAAAAAUCCUCUGAAGGUGAAGUCAAAAGGAAGAAAGUGGAAGACAUUCAGGAGGAAAAAGUGGAUGAUGGGGUGUGUCCACUGGAGGAGGAAAAAGAAGAGACAAAGGGAAAGAAGAAGAAGAAGAGGAAGAAGAUGAUAGGUGAGAGCAGCCAGGAGGUGCAGUGUGAUGCAGGACCAGCAGGAGGCGGCACAGAGACGCCAAAGAAAGAGGAAACAGCAGGUGGUGCCGCUACUCAGUGCUCCUCCAGCAAGAAGACACGAUGGCGCAAGAAGCUAAGUCUCAAGAAGAGGAUAAGCAUGAAAAGGAAGAAACUUCAGCUUGGCCAGAACAAGAAAGACAUUACAAAAGACAUGCCUCAGCCAUCAAAAGCUUCAAAGUCAGAGGAAGAAGCACCAAAGAGCAAGAAGAAGUCAAUAAUAGAUGUCAAUGGCAAGAAAGACAAAAGAAAGAAGAGAGCAGCCAACGAAGAGGAGAAGGAAGAUGAUGUUGGGAACCUUCAUUGUCUUCCUGUUGGACAUUUGUCUCUGCUGUCAAAGAAGAAGAAGAAGAAAGCUGCUGAAUAUGUUGAUACUCCCGUUCAUACCAAGACAUCGGCCAAGAAAAUAAAGAAGAAACUGAAGUACCAAAAGGAGGACAACUGACUUACUGUUGCUUCAUUCCAGUGAUGGUGGUGGUGAUCUUUGAGGACGACCAUGUUGGACCUUCCAGACACGACCAACUGUUUUAUUGUAAAACUGUGACUUAAAGUACUCUACUGCUAACUUCAAGUAUGUGAAUGUUUAUCUCUGUGAGGUUAACGUUAGAUUAGCUGUAAAUGUCAUGCUUUCUGUUGACACUUGUGUAGUUUGACACAUUUCAUGUUUUCAAGAAAUAAACUCACUUAGCUGCUUUGAUCAAAUAUGACU